AUCGCUGACUUUAUUUUGUUUCCAGAUAUUUUAUUGUUAGCUGGAGAAUUUCAAAAUGUUGAUUGAAAGAAAACCAUUUUCUGACUUGACCAACAAAUCGGGAACCGUUACAAGUGUAUCUAUGACGAAGAGAGAUCAGCAUUGUUACAUCACAGCACCUAACAAACGUCAUGACCGAUCAAACUUAAGGAUAAAAACUUUAAACAAAAUGUUCGGUGGAAAAAAUCUAAAGAAAAAUUUAAAAGAUGAAAAAAGUGAAAAACAAAUUCUGAUGGAAGUCGCUUGGAAACGUGGUAUGACGUAUGGCUCUACGUCAAGUACAUCAGAUGAUGAUGACGUCACAAGAAGGGAAAUACGCGCACGGAUUCGAAAAAGAAUGAACUUGAUUGACCCCGAAUCGUGUUCCGACGAAAGCGAUUGUUAUUCCGAUUAUGACGUCAUGAAACAGAAGCGAUCGCGCUAUUGUCAAGUGACGUCACGAAACAAUUUGAAUUCUAACUUAAAACAAAGCGAGAAUUUCCAACCGCGAGAUGUCGCUAAGGAGCGUUUAACAAAGACAGAAGCUCUUGGGAGUAAAAGUCAGUUGAAACUGGUGGUAUGUGGAUCUACGAAUAAAAUCACAGUCACCAUUCUUGGUCUACGAUCUCUUCCCAACACUUCUUCCAAUAAUAACCAAGUUUACGUCAAGAUGUCAUUGUCACCGGAGUUCGAAUCGCGAUUACGUCACAAAACUUUGACUUAUGACGUCACAGAAGAAUCUAUUGCCAUGCACGAGACGUUUUCAUUCGACAUCUGUCGGAGGGAUUCAAACAGACGAGUUUUAGUUUCAGUUUGGAUGAAAAACAACGAACGAACAUUUCUACUCGGGUGUAUGAGCUUCGGUGUUCGGAGUAUUGUGACGUCACAGGAGAUAACACAAGGUUGGUAUUACCUUCUGAAAGAAUCGCUUGGCCGAAGUAAACACCUUAAGUUUAAGUUCACCAAACCUGCAAGACGUCAGGAUCCGUGCAGACGAUCGAAGUCACGUGAUAGAAUGAACAGAAGGCGUUCCGCUCGAUCGGACAGCAGCAACAGUUCAUUGUCCAGCAGUUUGUAUCGAACCAAAGUUGCAAGGAACACACCGCGUAGAUACGAUAUACGUCACGAUGACGUCAACCACGUGACGUCACUAAAGAAAAGAAGAAGAAUUUCAAAUGGAUUUGAAGAAUUUAAACGACCGAGUAUUAACCAAUCAAAAGCCGUCGCUGUCGGUUGCCGUGACAACCAUCACGUGAAUGGAUUAUUUGUCCCGAAAGUAGUGGUGGCGCUGGAGAAAAAGUCUCGUGACGUCACCAACCAUGACGUCACUAAAGUAGGAAAAACUCCGACUGGGCGACGAAAUAUUCGAAGAAAGGAUUAUUCUCCUGAUGACGUCAUGAUAUCCAGACUUAACUACUGCGUGGAUUAUGACGUCGAUGAUGACGUAUUUGAAACGGAAGCUUCACCAGUUAUAAACCCGGAACCCACAAUCGAUGUCAUUCCUGACGUCACAGUGCAACAUGAAGACGAUUUUAAUGACGCAACCGAAUAUAAUUUUAAUCCACCGGUCAACAGUGAAGAGAAAUCAUCGGGAAACACUGCUACCCCAAUUAUGACGAAACAAAGACGAUUGUCUCUUGAUUCUUUGUUAAAAUCGCCGUUUAUUGGAAACAAAACAAUCGACAAUCUGCUUAAGGUUUGUGACGUAAUACAUGAAAAUGACGUCAAACUCGAGGAGCGCUUCAAAUCGAAACCAAACGCAUUGUUUGGUUUGAAAAGUUGGUUACCGAUGCAACGUAAGCAUGACGAAGCAAAACCGUGUAAAAGUUUGAAAGAGGACGACCAUACGAAGAGGGCGGAUUUCGAACGAAAGAAAUUCCGACGAAGUUUGACGAUUCGUCGCUCGAAAAGAAAUCCAACGAAUGAAAUAAACCAACCUUCUUCGUCGCUUGCUCUCUUGUUAACUAGGAAAGAUGAAGUCGCUUCUUUCCGUUCGUUUCUUCAAAGCGAAUUCAGCGAAGAAAAUCUUAACUUUUGGUUGGAAUGUGAAAAUUAUAAACAAACCAAACAAAACAAGAUCCGCAAGACGGCGGUAAAGAUCUACGAGCAAUAUUUAGCAGUUGGUUCUUCGAAUGAGAUAAACGUGGAUGCAAGAACACGUGACACCGUUAAAGCAAAUCUGUCCAACCCGAACAUAGAAAUCUUUAAUCAAGCCCAAACCCGCAUCUUUAAGUUAAUGGAAAGCGAUUCUUUUCGACGAUUUCGUUUAAAACUAUCGUAAUAUUGAUGCGUUUAUACGAUAACACUGUGAAAUGUUCCAAUUUUGAGUUGUUGUAAUAAAUUUUAUAUGUUAUA